CUUGGAGUGACGCUGUCCCCGGGUCUCUGAUCCCAAUGCACCGGCUCAUCCUUGUCUACACGCUAGUCUGCGCAAACUUUUGCAGCUACCGGGGCACUUCUGCCACCCCGCAGAGCGCAUCUAUCAAAGCUUUGCGUAACGCCAACCUCAGGCGAGAUGAGAGCAAUCACCUCACAGACUUGUACCGAAGAGACGAGACCAUCCAGGUGACAGGACAUGGCCACGUGCAGAGUCCCCGCUUCCCAAACAGCUACCCUCGCAACCUGCUUCUGACCUGGCGGCUCCACUCCCAGGAGAAAACAAGGAUACAGCUAGCCUUUGACAAUCAGUUUGGAUUAGAGGAAGCGGAAAAUGAUAUCUGUAGGUAUGAUUUUGUAGAAGUUGAAGACAUAUCUGAAACCAGUACUGUUAUUAGAGGACGAUGGUGUGGACACAAGGAAGUUCCUCCAAGGAUAACAUCAAGAACAAACCAGAUUAAAAUAACGUUCAAGUCUGAUGACUACUUUGUGGCUAAACCUGGAUUCAAGAUUUAUUAUUCUUUUGUGGAAGAUUUCCAACCUGCAGCAGCCUCAGAGACCAAUUGGGAAUCAGUCACAAGCUCUAUCUCAGGGGUAUCCUAUCACUCUCCAUCAGUAACGGACCCCACUCUCACUGCGGAUGCUCUGGACAAAACGAUUGCAGAAUUUGAUACUGUGGAAGAGCUGCUCAAGCACUUCAAUCCAGAAUCAUGGCAAGAAGAUCUUGAGAAUCUGUAUUUGGAUACCCCUCAUCAUCGAGGCAGAUCGUAUCAUGACAGGAAGUCCAAAGUUGACCUGGACAGGCUCAACGAUGAUGUCAAGCGUUACAGCUGCACGCCCAGGAACUACUCCGUCAACUUGAGGGAAGAGCUGAAGCUCACCAACGUGGUCUUCUUUCCUCGCUGCCUCCUUGUACAGCGCUGCGGAGGAAACUGUGGCUGCGGAACUGUCAACUGGAAGUCCUGUGCGUGCAGUUCAGGGAAGACUGUGAAAAAGUAUCACGAGGUGUUAAAGUUUGAACCCGGCCAUUUCAAGAGGAGGGGCAGAGCAAAGCACAUGGCUCUCGUUGACAUCCAGUUGGAUCAUCAUGAGCGGUGCGAUUGUAUCUGCAGCUCAAGACCACCUCGAUAAGAGAAUGUGCAUGUACCUUCAUUAAACACGAAAGAACCUUUAUUUUAAGGAGGGUGUGGUAAGAGACCCCUUUCCCACCAGCAACCGAACUUGCUAUUAGCCUGAAAAGCAAUGAAUACAAGUGGUUGCUGACUUUCAACCUAGCUUUGUUAGUGCCAUGACAAGUAGAAAGGCGUAUCAUCAACCUCUAUAUCCAAGAAUAUAGGAUUGCAUUUAAUAAUAGUGUCUGAAAAUAUUGCCAUUUCCUUCUCCAGGGGAAUCCUCCCAACCCUCGGAUCGAAUCCGGGUCUCCUGCAUCACAGGCAGACGCUUUACCCUAUAAGCCACCUGAGUCUGUCAUAUAUAUAUAUAUAUAUAUAUAUAUAUAUAAUGUGUCAUCUCCAUGUCUCUGUGUAAAUAGACCAAAUGAUUUACUCAGUAUAUAUAACCAGGUACACCAGAGCUUACAUAUGGUUUAAUUAUUUAGACUCUUAAAAUCUGAUAAAAUAAGGGACAUAGUAAAUACAUUAAACAUGUCUUUGGAAGAUUAAUUUGUUUAUUUUUAAGUUUUGAAUCACAAAACAAUUUUGGAUCUUGCUCUUUUAAAGAAAGCACCUUUUAUAUUAAAAAUCCAAUAAAUUAGCAUUUCUUGUGCAUACAUCUUAAUUAUCAAAAGAGGGAAAUAUGGUUUCUGGGAAAAGAUACAUUCCUAGCCGUUUGUCUCAUGAGAUGUACUACAUACUUACCUAUAUAGGCAAUAAUUACCUGUCUCCAAGAGCAUGUCAUCAUAAUAUAGGUGCUUUAGAAAUAAAGCCCUUAAGUCUUCUCUUAGUGUAUCUUGCCGAGGCAUGCAAACUCAUUAACACCUGUCUUCAAAAAAUUCUCACAAGGUUUAUUAUUAUUACCCUAUGACAGAAAAUGUAUAAGCUGAAGCAGAAUUUUGAAUUGUUUUUUCUCAAAACCUCUCCACAAAAGUAACUCCUUUGGAGAAUGUCAUGGGAACUCUGUAUGAGCCUUUCAAAAUAAUGCUCACUGAAAAGUUUGAGGAGUUGAAAGUAAAAAAAUGUGAACAUUGAAAUAUUAACAUAACUGGGAGUGGGAUGGAAUAUUUGAUUGGGAUCCAUAUUUAAUAAUGACUCAUACUCUCCAGAUUAUGCAUAUCUUGCUUUUGUGUUCCUAUCUUUUCCAUAUCUCUUCCUAUCUCUUCCACACACACAUAUAUACAUAUAUAUAUAUAUAUAUGUUUAUGAGUCAUUAUUAAAUGAGACAAUGUAUAUAUAUAUACAAUGGUAUUUUAUAUUUGGCAAGCCAUCAUGGAUUACUUAUAGCCCAGAAGCUUUUGUGCAUUAAAGCAACCCAAUUUCAUUGACGUAAAUUCCUAACUGUGUAGUCACCGUUCAAUUCAGUUGAAUUCCUGUUUCUGAACCAAGUGCAAGGAGACCUGGGUCUCUGGUUCUUUCCAAAUCUAUGGCACUUGUUCUAAGAAGCCUCACUGCAAAUUGUGAGAGCACAAAGUUGGCCCUGCUCUACCCUAGGAAAUGGUUUUUGCAUUGGUAGUUAUUAUUGGUAGUUAGAGUAAUUUUUCCUCCUUGGCUCCUUAAUGUCUGUUAAGGCCUUGGGGACUGACUGCAGGCAUAGGAAGUGAUUCAUCAUUCUCCAAAACAAGACUCUAAGAGAGCAAUACUGAAAUCAAGAUAGCUCUGAAGCCGCUCAGAGAGAAGGACAUUUUUCUUCUCAUCUUGAAAGAAAAAAGUUUCUUCCCUGGUUUCUUCCCUAAGUCCAGGGCCCUAAUGAACACAGACAAGUCGAAUGAGGGAGUGUAACUGGGGCUCAUUAAGUCUCAGUGUCAGAUGAGCAGACUAUAUAUAUUUGGAUUUCUGAGCAUGAUGCUUUUAGGACCAAGUUCUCAAGUAUCUUUAGGAGCUCAUUUCUGCUCAGCUCUUUGAAAGGUCAAUGCUUAUUGAAGAUAUUCCUUCAAAAUGUCCCUGAAAGUGUCCUGUGUUUUUACCUCAAAAGAUGACUGGUAAAAAUAAAUACUCUAUUGUUGAGUUGUCCAAAAUCCAGAGCACAGUCAGAAAGAGCACAGCCAGACCCUUUAAUAAUCAGUAACCAUUCUUCCCCUGAAAGCCUCUUGCAAGCUUCCUGUGAAAACAUAGGAUUCCUGGACCAAAACCAAAAUUUGAGUUAUAUCACUCUAACUUGUUCAACUGUUAAGUAUGAAAAAUUAGAGUGUUCUACCCAAUUUUCAGUAAACCUUCCAAGCUGCAUUAACCAGGAUGGUUUUCAGUUAAAGCCCUAUCUCGACUUUUUAUUUAUUAGCUGCCAUGUAAGCAUGCAGUCUCACUCACUCCUUUUUUUUCUUUCCUGAGUGUUUUAUUAAAAGUUCUCCCUUGGUUAUCUGUUAUCUACUGCACUUCCAACAUGUAGCCAAUAAAUCUGCUUCAUUGCCAUCAAAGGAAUAAAAAGCUCACCGUACAAAUUACAUUUCAAAACAAAUCCUAAUAAAUCCUCAUUUCUGUGUGGCUCACUCACCUGGAAUAAUGCCUUCUGUUCAAUAUGUUAUAGGGCAGAGCACUUUCAUAAGUAGAAUUUUUUCUGGGUUUUUUUUUUUUUGGUCAUAUUGGUAACAUGCAGCUUUUUCCUUUCAUAGUGUUUUCUGUAACAAAUGUAAUUUGUCUCUUAUCUUCAUGAAAAAUAAAUGUUGCUUACAAACAAA